AUGCUCGAUGAAGAAAUUCUAACAAGUCGACAGAAUAUCAAGCAGUUUAUCCGACACGGGAAACAAGCUCAUGUUCAACCGGAGCCUACCAAUCAGCCUUCUCCUCGGGAAUCAUACAGCAUGGCAAACCAUGCUGUGGAAGACCGCUUUGAUUACAACAUAGCGACUGAUCCGAACGCUGGUAAUGAUAAUACCAAUCAACAUCACCAUAAAUCUGACAAGUACUCCGAGAUUGCUCAGGGUCUUGUUGAGGAAGAGAGCAAGGAGCGUCAAAAGAAGCAACAAAGUAUGAAUAUGGAGAGAUACGACCUUUUAGAGAAGAUGGGAGAGGGUGCUUUUUCCGUAGUUCACAAAGCGCAGGAUAAGACUACUGGCCAAUUUGUAGCGAUAAAGAUCAUCCGGAAGUACCAACUGGAUGCUCAACAACAAGCGUCUGUGCUCAAAGAAGUCACAAUCAUGAGACAGCUGCGACAUCAAAAUAUUGUAGAAUUCAUCGAUUUCAUUGAAAGUGAGGACUAUUAUCUUAUUGUGCAGGAGUUGGUUUCUGGGGGAGAGCUAUUCGCAGAGAUUGUUAAGUAUACCUACUUCUCUGAGGAUUUGGUGCGACACAUUAUCAUUCAAGUAGCGCAGGCCAUUAGAUAUCUUCAUGAGGUGGUAGGCGUCGUUCAUCGUGAUAUAAAGCCCGAAAAUCUGCUGUUCGAGCCAAUACCCUUUAUGCCCUCAAAGCAAGUCAAACUUCGAAAAUCUGACGAUCCAUCCUCCAAGAGAGACGAAGGAGAAUUUGUAUAUGGCCUUGGUGGAGGUGGUAUUGGUGUGGUAAAGUUGGCAGAUUUUGGUCUUUCAAAGCAGAUAUGGGAAUUCAAUACUAAGACUCCUUGCGGAACCGUCGGGUACACAGCACCAGAGAUUGUUCGUGACGAAAGGUAUUCCAAGGAGGUAGAUAUGUGGGCUAUUGGUUGCGUUGUAUACACAUUGUUAUGUGGAUUUCCUCCAUUUUACGAUGAAAGAAUCGAUGUGUUAACGGAAAAGGUCGCCAGAGGGCAGUUCAGUUUUCUGCAACCUUGGUGGGAUGAAAUAUCUAGCGGGGCUAAGAACUGUGUUUCCAAACUUCUCACUGUUAACCCUAAACAGAGGUAUACCAUUGAUGAGUUCCUUCAAGAUCCUUGGAUUAUGGAGCAUAUUCAGAAAUCUCAGCAAGCUCAAUUGCAACGUCUGACGUUGAAUCCUCCAAUUCUGCCUUCUUCCACUACUAAACCUGCUGCUGGCAUAUCGAAACCAAAUGCCUUCGAUAUAUCGACCGCUGUCCAUAGAAUUGGAGAGGAAGCUGCUUUAGGAAAGACAUAUGCUCAAAAAGGACAAAUGGAAAGUUUAAGGGAAGAUGACGAGUUGCACUCUCCAGAAUCUCUGGAUAGUCCUCCAAAGCCGGCUAAGCAAACUAUUCCAGUUUCCGAUAACCAGCUAUUUGAUUUGUCAUUAGCGGGAGCUUCUAUCCUUGAACGAAGGAAGAACAAACGAAAAACUGUGCCUGUUAUCUAG